AUAAAGGCAAGUAUUUGCCUAGCCUUCCGGACCACUUAGUAGAGAUUAUUUUCUCGGUAAAUAAAAAAUAAGUCGGAAAUAAUUAGACAUCCGUUAUGUCAAACCACUGAACAAACAAAUAUGGAUACGAAAGUCCCAAUGUGUCUGGUGUGAAAGAAGAGAUCAAAGUUACCUCCCGCGCCUCGUAACGGAUGGAUAAAAACAUCUUAUUAAAUAAUUGUUAAUUGAUUAAUAAGUUCCUUUAUUUGCUUCACUGAGACCAAUAAAUAGAUAGUCCUAUACCUCUUGGAUCAGUAUUUAGUGCUCUGGUCGAAGGAAUCAGCGGGUAUAAGAACGAAUAUCAACAUGCCUUCACCUUCCAAUAUGUCUAUUGUUAGUGUGAUAUUUUGCAUGAUCUCAUUCUUUCUCUACAUAUGCCACGCACAACACUGUCCGAUCUCUCUCCCCCAAGACGUGUCACUUGAUUCACCGUGUCUCAAGCAGCGUGAAGAAUCCCUCGCUAAGCAACGCAGCAUGUUUGGGAUCCGGGAACCUACGCCUGAAAUGCCGUUUUCACGUCUGGAUAUUACUCUUGAUGAAUAUCCUACACUUCUUAAGACAAAUCCAUUCCUUGGUUUUCACGCAAAAAUUUACGCAUCCAUGGCAACGUUGAGUAAAACUUUGUUGAAGGUUUAUUUGAACAGGACGUUGUUGCUGCCUGGGAUAAUGAGACUGCAAGAGUUUGGUCCUUUGACACACUUCUUUAAAACAGCAAUGGAGAAGUAUUUCGAUGGCUACGUAGAACUACCUUCCAAAGUCGAGCCAUUUCAAUCAGACAUGACAAAAUGGAUCUCUGAUGACCAGUUUGCUGAACAGCGAUUGGCUGGCGUUAAUCCAAUGACAUUACAGAAAGUCACAUUCUACAAGAAAAUCGGUAAAAACUGGAAUAAGCUGAAGGAAAAGUUGAACCCUAACUUCAACGUAGAGGAAGCAGUUCAUAAUGCACUAGGGAGAAAGCUGGAGGGAAAACCUUUGAAAUGGAUCAUCAGGCGAGGAUAUCUCUUCGUUCUUCAUCAUCCUCUCAGUGACAACAUGGAAUCGAUGCCAGAUCUCACGGACAAUGAUCCUCAGAGGAGGAUGUGGAAAUACAAGUCACCUAUUGCACUCUUCGUGAUGGUGCCAGGGAAGGGUAACGUCAUGACAGAACAACCACGUUUAAUGCCUGUAGCCAUUCAGAUGGAUUCAAAGCCAGUAUCACAAGUCUUCACACCAAAUGAUGGCGAUCUCUGGAUGCUAGCUAAACUAAACGUCCAGUUGACCGACCUGUUAUGCAGUCAGAUCGUUGAACAUCUAAGUAAAGUCCAUUUGGUUUCUGAAGCCCUGUGCCUAAGCGUGGAGCGACAGUUAUCUCAACGACACCCUCUGUACGAGAUCAUGAAGUAUCACUGCCGUGGAGUGCUGACUACUAACACUAUUGGAGGACCUGCACUACUAAAACCGAUGGAAAAAAUGCAUAGAUUGGCUCCUUUUGGCCACGAAGGAUCGAGUUAUCUUGUGAAUGAAGUUUCAAAAAGUUUGGAGUGGAAAGAUCUGGAAUUUACAAAUAAUAUGAGGAAAAGAGGUUUGACAAGCCGUCGUCGUCUUCCUUAUUACCCUUACCGAGAUGACGGUCAAAUGAUAUUGAAUGUUAUUCGAGACAUGGUCACAGAAUACGUGAAGCUGUACUAUCAAUCUAAUAAGGAAGUAAGAAAAGAUUCUGAACUGCAAAUGUUUGUGAACGAGGUCUCGGCUGAAGGGUCUAGAACUGAAGGAGUAAACGGGAACAUACAGGGAUUUCCCUCCCAAAUUGGAACCAAAAGAAAACUGGUUGAUACGUUUACCCAGAUGAUUUGGUUGAUGUCCGCUCAGCACGCGGCUAUUAGUUAUCCUGUGGCAGAUUACGGUGCAUACUCCCCUAACAUACCCAUGAAGCUGUACGAUGACGAACGGGUGUCCCAUACGACAUACUCUGGCACGAGGUUACCUAAUAGACUUCAAGCAGCGGCCCACGCAUCCUUUGCUAUGAGUCUCGCAACUUUUCGCUACGAUCGUCUGUUUGACUACGGCGAGUAUCUCGAUGAUCCAAAAGCCAGACAGAUUCUUUAUCAUUACUUCUCUGUUUUGACUGAACAAGUAGAACCUCUGUUGAACGAGAGAAACAAGAAGAGAUUUCGCGAUGGUCACCUGACCUAUCCUUAUCUGUCACCAAGAUGGAUGCCCAAUGGAAUACAGUCUUUAGAAGAAGGUUGCGGUCGGCGAAUGAGAUUAGCUGAGAAAAAGAUGUCUUUGUAUUCAUUACUAUUUGGUCUGCUGACUAUCGCCUUGUUUCAAUUCUGUCAAGGGAACCAGUGUCCAAUCUCUCUCCCCCAAGACGUGUCGCAUGAUUCACCGUGUCUCAAGCAGCGUGAAGAAUCCCUCGCUAAGCAACGCAGCACUUAUGGCAUACAUGAACCAACGCCUCAAAUGCCGUUUUCACGUCUGGAUAUGUCAAUCAGUGACUACCAGAACCUUCUUAAAAACCAUCCAUUUACAGGUUUUCACGCAGCCCUCUGGGGGCGCAUAAUUAACGGCACGAGAAAGCUGAUCAGUGGAUACAUGGCUAAAGUUGCGCACCUGCCAAAGAUUGUAAAAAUGCCCGAGUAUGCUCAAUUGAUGCAGAUUAGGGGGUCCUUGGAGCCUUAUUUUGAUGGUUACGUAGAACUGCCUUCCAAAGUCGAGCCAUUUCAAUCAGACAUGACAAAAUGGAUCUCUGAUGAACAGUUUGCUGAACAGCGAUUGGCUGGCGUUAAUCCAAUGACAUUACAGAAAGUCACAUACUCCUCGCGAAUUGGGAUGAACUGGCUAGACCUCAGGAAGAAGCUUAACCUCAAGUUUAAAUGGGACGAAGCUGUAAAAGGUGUUCUAGGAAUAUCACUGAGAUCUGCUAUUCGUUGGGGGUAUCUGUAUGUGUUGUAUCAGCCUUUGAACGAUAACGUCCCAUCGAUGGAAGACCAUACCGCAAGCGAUCCUCACAGGAGAAUGUGGGACUACAAGUCCCCCAUAGCUCUCUUCGUAUCCGUUCGUGGAAAAUACUUCUUCUCGAAACGUCAUCUCAUGCCUUUGGCCAUACAGAUGGACUCCAAACAAGAUGCUCAAGUCUUAACUCCGGCUGACGGCGAUCUAUGGAUGUUGGCCAAAAUCAACGUUCAGAAUUCAGAUGCGGCUGGCAGUCAAAUGGUGGAACAUCUCGCUAAAGUCCAUUUACUUUCUGAAGCCCUGUGCCUAAGCGUGGAGCGACAGUUAUCUCAACGACACCCUCUGUACGAGAUCAUGAAGUAUCACUGUCGUGGAGUACUGACUACUAACACUUUUGGAGGACCCACUCUGCUUAAACCGAAUCUUCCUCUGGAUAAACUGAUGCCCUAUGGAUAUAAAGGAGCGAAUGAAUUAACAAAAAGAACAGCUAGAAUCUUGAACUGGAAAGAUCUUGAAUUUACAAGAAAUAUCAAGAAAAGAGGUUUGACAAACCGUCAUCAUCUUCCUUAUUACCCUUACCGAGAUGACGGUCAAGUGAUAUUGAAUGUUAUUCGAGACAUGGUCACAGAAUACGUGAAGCUGUAUUAUCGUUAUAAUUAUGACGUGAGGGAAGAUUCUGAACUGCAGAAUUUUGUGAACGAGGUCUCGGCUAAAGGAACUGGGGUCACUGGAGGAAAAGGAAAUCUACGUGGAUUUCCCGCCAAACUUCGAACUCGGUCAGAACUGAUUGAUACGAUAACCCAGAUGAUAUGGACCAUGUCUGCUCAACACUGUGUUGUCAACUACCCCUUAUCCGACUAUACUGCAUAUGUACCAAAUAUACCCCUGAAAAUCUACGAUGACGACAGGGUUCCCAAUAACACUUUCUCCAGCGCAAGACUACCCGAUAGAUUCCAGUCUUUGCUUCAAAUGUCAAAUGUCAUGACCCUCUCAACGUUUCGCUACGAUCGUCUGUUUGACUACGGCGAGCAUCUCGAUGAUCCAAAAGCAAGACAGGUUCUUUAUCGUUACUUCUCUGUUUUGACUGAACAAGUAGAACCUCUGUUGGACGAGAGAAACAAGGAGAGACUUCGCGAUGGUCACCUGACUUAUCCUUAUCUGUUACCAAGAUGGAUGCCCAAUGGAAUACAGUCUUGAGUUACCAUAGCAACGAAAGUGACGUCAGGAUUCUAAUGUUUUUAGGGCUUCUCUGAUUGGUCAAGAAAUCUAGUUGAUGCUGCUAUUGAUUAAGUUGAAAUGAUUAUGAGUUAAAAUUUGUUUGAAGAAGUUAAAACUUAGUUGACAACAAUAAAAUAAAUGGUUAAGAGCAA